AUGGGUGUCUUCUCCACAAGGCAAUCUCCAGAUCACCAUCCGCAGAAUCCCGGCGGUCAACAGCAGCCGCCAGGCACUGCAGAGUCACUUUCUAAGCAAAAUAAUGGGAAACUGGCCCUUGUUCCGACACCUUCUGAUGACCCAGACGAUCCCUUAACAUGGCCUAUGUGGCGCAAGUGUGUAAACUUUGGACUCCUUUCUGAAAUGACGAUUAGUAUCUUUACCGGGAUAUCUAUUGAUCACAUAUUUUGGCCACAAAUGAAAAAAGAUCUACAAGUGGAAUUCGAAGAUCUUACGAAUGCUAAGCCCACUCAACUUGCCGCCGAGGCUAUAUCAUGCAUCGUCUUUAUUCCUUUUGCUCAAAAAUACGGUAGACGCCCCGUCUAUCUUGUAUCGACAGCCCUCUACACGAUAGCAACCUGGUGGAUUUGCUGGCGCAGUCAACGAGACAGCCGUUCAGAUGAGCGUACAUAUAUUGCACACGUUCGGGUGAACGCGCUGAGAAGUGCCCGACAGAUUCGCGACCUGUUCUUCGUCCACCAGAGGGGCUCUGCCAAUGGCCUUUAUGUCGCCUCUGUUAGCUUCGGAGGGUUUCUGAGCCCUGUGGCUGCUGAGAUACAAGCAAAGGCCUCUGGGUGGCGGGCAUCAUAUACUACACUCGCCUACUGCGUCACAGCCCUCACUGCUCUAUUCGCUUUCGGGUUCGAGGAAACAAAAUUCGUUCCUAAACAUCGUCACGGAAGCAUUUCUGAGACUCGCAAGAAGGCUCGCGCACAGAUCAUUGAAGAAAUAGAUCCUAAGGAGAAAGCGGCUGAUCCCCCAUACCCUUUACAAGCCCCCAUUCCAGUUUCUCGACCCCAGGCCACUCGACCGCCAUUCCUACACUUCUUAAAGCUUCAGCUUCUUACUCCUACCAACGAAUCAUUCCUCCAGACGUUUUACCACCCGGUUUUUGUGAUUUGGUUGCCUUACGGUCUGCCCUGGAUCUACCCUUGCAUCGGUGGUACUAUAGCUUCAUUUGGCUUCAUCGCUAUCUCAGACAUGGUCUUCACUCUUGUCAUUGACUCCUAUCCUAAUGUCGUUGCCCAAGCGUUUGUCGUGGUUACCUUUUCCCGAAAUGCUAUUGGCAUGAUCGGCACUUUUGCUUUUACCCCCUGGCGUCAAAGCAUGAGCAUUACUGCCAUGUUUAUUGUUGCAGGGAUCACAAGUUUGACAAUUAAUCUUAUAGCUUUGCCUAUUGCAUUCUGGGGCAAGAGAUCAAGGGUAGCCAGCGCUGAUCGGUACCAUCGGAUGGCAAGCCAGGUCAAGCAAGGCUCUCGUCGAGAAAAGGAGAGUACGGGAGGACUUGGCUGCAGGCGGACUCUUCGAAUGAUUUGA